AUGCGAGUCCUACAGGUCUUUCUCAUCUUCGCCGUAUGCAGUCUCGUGCGUGCUUGGAAUGUCAGCCGUCCCUCGAUCCGUCUUGGGUCGUACUUUGGCUUCUCUGGCGGCAAUGCUGCCUCUGAUAUCGACGCGUAUCACGGGCUGGUGCUGUGGGUCAACUACACCAAUGCUCGUGGUGGCAUCAUGGUCGGCAAUCGGAGCUAUACGGUCGAGCUCAUCAACUACGAUUCCAUGAGCAACCUGACCCUGGCUCUCGAGUCUGUUCAGCGACUGAUCACCGUCGACCAAGUGGACGUCAUUAUUGGAGGCUCAACGACUUUCACGACCGCAGUCGCUCCAUACUGCGAGAGCAUGCAGAUGAUCAACGUGCAAUGCUGUACCGGACCACGAGCUAUCUAUUCGCAAGGGCUGCGGUACAUUUGGGGAGUGCACGUUCCCAGCGACUACUAUCCUAUCCUGUUCAUGAAGAGCUUCAGCCUCAAAGGCAUCACCCGCAUUGGCCUCAUCAGUUCGGAUGCCUCCGUCUUCACUGUCACAACCACCGCGGCAGUAUACUACUAUGCCUCACAAUUUGGCAUGAACAUUGUGUCGAACGCCACUUGGAGCAAUGCACUUUACCAGACAAACAGGACUCAUUCGUUGGCGAUCAUUACCGCGGAGCUGCAGGCCAUAUACCACGCCAAAGUUGAUUUGCUGAUGGUCAUUGCCGCGGGUAGUGCCGACGGGAAUGAUAUCACCCUUUUGAUUGAAAAUAUGGCCCUCGAGUUUGUCGGCGUUUUCAUCACAGUGGCCCCAAGCGCGACCACAUACAUCCAAAAUGUCGGUGCGCUUGCUGCGGACUACAUCACGUCACCUGUUCAGUGGCACAGCUCGCUGAGCUUCCUGGAUCCCAAGUUCAAUUCGUCUCAGGCCUUUGUCCGUCUCUACAACGCAACUUACAACACACUUCCCUCGUAUCUCUCAGCUAGCGGAGCCGCUGCGGGUCUCAUUCUCCAGCUCGCCAUUGAGUCCGCAGGGGUCUUGCAGAACAGCGAGAUCUCGCGAGGCUUUCUCACGCUGCACCAAGAAACCUUCUUCGGGAACAUCCUGAUGGACAACACACAGAGAAACGUUGGCGGCCAGGCCGUGCUGAUCCAGAUCAUCAACGGAACCAGUGUCAGUGUUGCACCGGAGCUUUAUGCAUCGAAUUCUCUUGAAAUUAACCCCUCAUGGAAUGUCAAGAUGGGUUGUCCCUUGGGCGGGCACCCGUAUGCGCCAAGUGGCUUGCUUCAGGAAUACUGUCUUGUCACUUGCCAAGACCGUGUCGAUAGGAGCUAUGGCAUCUACGAGAAUUUCCAUCUGGCCGCAUCGAUAGCUCCAUGGGGCGUCUACGUUUCGAUUGUCGCUGCCAUUGUGGUGUUCUCUGAAAUAGCCGCUUUUGGGGCAUACUUUUUGUACAAAUACUACAAGUAUAAUUCCAAGACAAUAGCCCGGAUACAGAUUCGACCAACCAUCAACAAUUACAUGGUGCUGCUGUCGACAGUGAUGCGGAUCAUACAGUUUUCGGUCCCAGUGAUGAUCGACGAAACAUGGCCAUCCUGGUUCACGACAUUUCUAUCGUACUGCGCAUUCCUCACGAACGGAUCAACCAACAUCUGGUACCUGUCUGCUGUGCUGGUGAUAUCGACAAUGUGGGUCGUGUGCAUCGUGAUCUUUCGGUCUGCUUUGGUCAAGAACCUGCCGCAGUACAUGCAAUGGAUUCUGGGACCGGCUUCGAUUCUGCUGUCGUUUGUUGGCGACCUGGCGCUUGUUCCGUUCAUGUCAACGAUGAUGUCGACGUGGACCUGUCUCUAUGACAGCAUGCUUCAGCCGUACGCGUUUUUGGAGAGCGACUGCACAUUCGAGUGCUGGACACCUUUGCACUGGGGUGUGGCGCUCUAUUCGCUGUUCCUCAUCGUCCUGAUGAUACCCUGUGGAUUCUCAACGGCGUACAUGUGGCAGCACCUGUCCCCGCGUCAGGAUAUUCUGUUCUCUAAAUGGUUCACUGUGGUCCUUGUGCUGUCGCAUUUGCUGGCCGCAGUAAGCUCCAGAUUUCAAGAUCACAGCCGAUGGUCGCACGGGAUAAUCAUGAUCCUGAACAACGCGACAAUGAUGUUUCUGUCUUGGUACUUUAUGCCAGUCAACGUCAAGUGGAUGCCUGGCUUGCUCACCGGAAGCUUUGCCAUGGCGUUGUGGGGCACGCUCGUUUCAGUCGUGGGGGGCGCCUUGAACUGGACAACCCUAUACUUCAUGCCCUUUGUUAUCUUUGGCGGCUGGCUGCUUGUGAUUCUCAUCCUGCUGUACGUCCAGCAAGUAGAAUACUUUGAUGGGCUCUUCCUGACCAACAAAGGCGAGUUGAAGAAGUUGAUGAAGCUCUUUGAAGACCAGGGUCGACUGUCUCAACUCCGGAGCGGAUCUGCAUCCGUCGGAAACCGACAUUUCAGCAACGACGAGAUUUCGGCCGAAAAGCCCGAACUGCGCACCUCUCGCGACAUAGAGGCUGCAGUACCUCGCAAGAAACACAAAAUAUCGUUUGCGAGCCGAGCAAACGGUUCAUCCAUCAUUUCAUCAUCCGAGGACAUCUGCGCCGACAUCGAGCGAUUGUCCGACCACAUUUCAUUGGAUGCCAAGCUUCAUAAAAUCGAGGAGUAUGCUCGCCAAUACCGAGAGUCCUUGGGCGACACCACGGGAAUCCCAUCAGACAUCAACCUGGAGCAUUGCUUUGAGAACAUUGAAGGCUCAUUCCGGAGGAAAGAUCGCCUCUUGGUUCAAAUGUACGAACGGCUCGGUGGGACCUACGCGGCGAACGACCAAGCAGACCCGCCCGCAGCCGAUGACCGCGCCAAUAUGGAAGUCGUCAAGCUGAUAAUAUCGAGUCCGUUUGCGUAUGCUUUGCUUGUUGGAAAUGUCCAGAAUGCGACAGGCACCGCACAUUCGUAGCUCGCGAGCAGCAGCCAAAGCAUGCGCAUUUGGCGCAGGAACAGUACGCCAUCGCCGCAAGAUGCCCGCCGCUCGGUUCCGGCGGCAAUUCCCCAACGAACGAUUCUCCUAGAAUGUGGGCUAUUUUGACGAUCAUUCUCGAGCUACGCUCCCACUGGAACCAUGAUGCAGAUGCAGCUCGCACUGUGUGAAGCCAAGAUGCCAAGGCAUUCAUUCAGGCGCCGGUGGCUUUCUUUCGCUUUCAUUUCUUUCUGGUAUUGGCUAAUUUCACACUGAUCCGGCAUCAUUGUCAAUUUGCUCUCGCACCAAGCUCUACAUCGUCUAUGUAUACAUUGAUUGCAUCCUCUGUCCAAAUCCUCCCUC